AAUCCUAGAACAGUCAUUUCCCUUACCCUACCCCCCCCCACCAAUUACCUACAACACGAUAAUGGUCAAUGCUUCUUAAUUCUUAACGAGAAUAAUUAUAAAAGACUUAUUUCUAGCUGCAUUAAAUCUAUUUAUAGAAGGUUGUAUGUGAUCUCUCUAUAAGCCAUGUGCUAGUUGGAACUAUAAUUUGACACUUGAAUGUAACGAGGGAACGCGCUUAUCACAUGWACAUCUCCGCUGUCAAAGACAACAAUAGAAUAAGAAUUGAACAUAAUGAAAGUAUAGAUUUUCAUACGAGACUAAAAAGCACAAGCAGAGUGAUUGUUACAGUCAAACCAUGUCUUCUCCCGYAGAYCCUUCACURAGRAAGUACGAGGUUCUUUUGGCAAAUCGUCCUUACUACCUAUCGACACUGGAAGCAUGUUUCUGUGCUUCAUUCAUUGUAGCUGCUCUUUUUGGCAACUUCCUGGUUCUCUGGAUAGUGUACAARAAUAAGAAUCUACGAACCAUUCCAAAUCUYUUCGUUGUUUCACUUGCUUUAGCUGACAUUCUGAUGGCGUCGAUAUGCGCUCCUCCGUGCCUGUCCGUCCUUAUAGCKGGCCAUCGUACAUUURGUGAAUUUAUCUGCCAACUUCAAGGUUUUGCUAUAGCGUCGUUAGCAUGUGUCUCGCUGUUGACAAUGACUCUUGUAGCAAUCAAUAGAUACUUUCUCAUCGUGAAACCUCAGCUGUAUCAGAGAGCAUUCACCCCUAAGAACACCAAGAUUAUGAUYCUUUCUAUUUGGYUGUUGUCAUGUACUGAGCCUUUACCCUACUUGCUCUCAGGUCAUAGAUACCAGUACCACGCUGGUAAAGUGUUCUGUUUUCAAGUUGUUCAAGUGGAUUUCUACACAUUACUUGGAUACGUGUACGUAACCAUUCCAAUCUUCGUGCUUACAUCCUGUUACUUUAAGGUCUUUAAGAUGCUACGCGAGCAUCAAAAACGAAUACGAAGCCUCAGAAAGUCSAACACUAAGCAUACUUCUACCCGACGUGUGUCCAUCGAAGACAUCAAUGUCACAUGGACGUUGUUCAUAACAGURUGUGGUUUUCUGAUAUGUUGGAUACCCAUUAGUAUYGUGGAUUUUAUAGGCUUUGGUCARGGGAAAUGGGCGCUGUCUCGUCAUGUCUACCUCAUGUAUACCUUCCUUGGUCAGCUCAGUACCACCCUCAACCCCUUCAUCUAUGGUGUCAUGAACAAAACAUUUCGCGAUGAAUACAARAAAAUGUUGUGUGGUUGCCGUUGCUCAAGAAAAAGAGAUGAAAAUCUCGACUCUGACACCUCACAAAACACGCGAUUUAGCAAAUGCUCCAUUAUUUAAAGACUAAAAGCACUGUAUAGCAGUGGAGUGAUUGAUCAUUUACACAUGUUGAACUGCUUACUGAYAAAGACUUGAUGGGAUGAUGUAGCAUCCUUAUGAUAGAUCUAUGAAUAGCGACUGACAGUUACAUGAUCUCAGAGUGUCAGGCCAAAGACAAUGUUUGGUGCCCAGUUUAACUGAAGCCAUUGAGAUAGUUUCACUCUAUACGACUAUACCUUUACGCUGUAACUGUUAUCAAACAAAAGUUUCUAAAUUGAUAAUAAAAAGUAGAUAGUAUUUCUCUAAGAUCACUUUAUUUCAUAAUGUUUUUGUCAGUUAACAUACUAUUGCUGUGGUGUUUUUGUAAAGGCCAAGUUUACUAAGCAAUAAAAAAGUAAACCAGAAAAAAUACCCUGCUUAA